UAGAGAGCAACAGACGUAUACGUAAUAAAGCGUACAAAAUAAAACUUAUUACAUGGUGUCAGAAGUGUAAGAACUCUCGGAACCUAAAAGCAAACGGGAAAGUAUCGUCCAAUAUCCGGUAAAUCGUGGAUUUAUUGUCGUUUACCAGCAGAACAAACGCAUAUUAAAGUCGCAUAUUGCGUGUAUCAAGAGAAGAAAAGAAGCAGCAAGAUGGCGGCAAAUUCAGCAGACCGCUUACCAAGAGCGCUGGAUUGCUCAGAUUUGGCAAAAGAAUGGCCAAUAUGGAAGCAGCAGUUUCACAUCUUUAUGAUUGCGAAUAACAAAAUCAACGAGGACGAGCGGAACAAGAUCGCGAUUUUUUUAUGGCUAGUUGGUGAUCAUGGAGUUGAAAUAUACAACACAUUAUUUCCCAGCAACGGAGACAUGAAGGCAAUGUUCGGUGAAAUUGUCGAAACCAAUACAAAAAAAGAUGAUAAGGGAGAUGCUGCUAAAAAAGAAGAAAAAGGCAGAACAUUGGAUGACGUCAUUACUGCUUUUGAUUCUUACUGUCUUCCAAGAAAAAAUUUGGCCAUCGAAGCGUUCAAAUUCAACCUCAUAGAGCAGAAGGAAAAUCAACCCUUUGCAGAGUUUGAAACGGCACUACGAAAACAAAUGGCAUUUUGCGAAUUUGAGUGUGCAAAUUGUCACGCAUCCUAUGCUGACCGAAUGCUUCGUGAUCGUAUUAUAGUCGGCAUCCAGAAUAAAACGUUGCAGCUAAAAUUGUUGGAUGCAAAAGACGAGCCGCUUAAAAACGUCGUAGAAAUGUGUAAAACGUAUGAGGCUGCAUCAAAACACAAGCAGCUAAUUCAGACCAACGAUGUACAUCACCUCAAUAGUGUAGAAAAAGAUGCUGGAAAUUGGAAAAUAGACACAAUUCAGCGUAGUGAACUUCAUAAGGCAAGCUGCUAUAACUGUGGACAACCUUUUAACGGGAGUCAUCGUCGUUAUUGUCCUGCAAAGAAUGUGACCUGUAACAAUUGCGGAAAGCGGGGACAUUUCAUGAAAUUCUGCAAAGCUCCGAAGAUCAACAGCAACAGUGACAUCUCACGGGAACCGGUACGAACAACGCAUGAAGUGAAGCAAAGGAACGACAAAGAUGUAAACAUGAUCGCGUGGGCUGAUUCAGAGUAAACUGUAACGUAGCAACAGUGGGUUCCAAUUACAAAUGGACUAAACGAUACCUAAUUCAGGACUGGCCAGUGGAAUUUAAGCUUGAUACCGGUGCAGAUGUCAAUUGCAUUCCUGUUAGCGUGGUUACCCGUAUGAACUUACCGUUGUCGAAAGAGCGUACAUUUAAUGUAGUGGAUUAUAAUAAUAAUCGUAUACAAAUACACGGUCAGAUUCGUCUUACUUGUGUUGACGAAGAAACCAAAAACGCAUUAUCAGCUAAUUUCUUUGUUGUAGAUGACAAUCUUCAACCAAUAUUGGGAUUACAAACAUGUAUAGCAUUUGGAUUGCUGAAACGCUUGAAUAGUAUAGAAUCAUCUCAGUCU